UGUCUCUUGUCUUAUUGAUUAAAAAAGGCAAGAGACAAACAGCAAGAAAGAGCAAUGUAAAAUUAACCUUAGGAUCUGAGCACAAGAAUUGUCGUAACAUUUACUUAGACUUAAAUUGUAGAUGUAAGUAAUGCACAAGCUUUCAUGUACGACUUAUUGCCGUGUCUCCAAGAGAUGGAAAUAAAUCGUACGUCAUACACCAAAGCUUGUGCGUUACUUACGUCUCAAUUCAAGUCUCUAAGUAAGUGUUCCGAUAAUUCUUAUGCUCAGACCCGAAUUCUAAUAUCUGCGCAACGACACCGACAACUGUCAGUAGGCGUGUAAAGACAAUGGCCUAGUUUCCACCGAGGGUUUAAUCCGUAUCAGAAUGUAAAAAUCAACCAACUACAGUCGAACAUUCCCCUGUCGUUCGACUAUAACAGGGGAAUGAGUUUUGAUAAACUCAAGAGAACCAUUAAGAAGCGACUGACAGCGACAACUUCGACUUUCAAGUGACUGAUGGAGUCACGUGAUUUUCCGUUCGUCAAAAGUUGCGACUAAUCGCCGCCAUGAAAAAGUACCUUUAUACAUCCACCAUGGCAGCACCCCGGUGUAGUUGAUCGUGUCAAUUGGUGUCAAUUACGGUCACGCUUUAGAUUUCAUGAUGAAGAAAGUACAUUUCGCGUCGUCCUUGGAAUGGGAAGGAACAGGUGACAUGAUUGACGAACGUUUAUAUAAUUCUACCGCGCAACAAACGAACGAUUAUGCGCAUCUGCAACUGAUCAAUCUUCCCGAUGUUUGCUUGGAAGCGAUUUUGUCUAACCUCUCCUACGAUGAAAUUUCUAAAUAUAGGAUCGUUUGCAGACAAUUCGAUCGAAUCUGUAAGAAACUGCUCAACCGUGGUUUCAAUCUCAUGGAGAAGUAUCAUGCACAAUGCCUCCGUACUGUCAAAAGCAAGCUGCCAAGAAGGGAGUCUGAGCGACGGAGUCAUCCUCUCGCACGUCAUUGCGAUAUCUUGACGGCAAUAGAAACGAGAAUCUCUAUGCUAUCAAUGACUUUUAUCAAAUAUGUUGAUCUGAACGUUUGUUGCUUUAUACCAGGAAAGGUAAUCGACGAAAUUUUCCGUGUUCUUCGAUUGAUUCGAGAGACAAAGACACCGCCUAGAGCACACGAGAUACUUCAGGAACUACGGGAUAUAAGCAGCAUGGCCAUGGAACAUUUUGAUGAGAAGAUCCUGCCAGAUCUGAAGCACAACAUUUGCACAUCCAUGGUUGGUACUGUAAAUUCAUAUGAUUUACCUGGUGGCGUCAUGAUCUCCCAUGGUAGGAACAUAAAUAACUCCACACUGCCGCAUUGCAACAAUCAUAAUAUAACCUGCUCCGAGAAGCUUAAUCAAACUUUUAAGAAGAUUAAUGAUCGUACGAAAAAGAACAAGAUGUUCUUUUUGUCUAUGAGAAAUGAAAUUACUAGAAUGAGACUCAGGAUACAGAGACAAGAGUAUCUGGUGCGACAGCAAACUUUAAAGUUACAUAAACAGGCAAAAAAGAUACAUGAUCAAGACACAUUGUUAGCCGAGGUGCGAAAGCAUCUCGAGGAAUGGGAGCAGAAAAUGGUAGAUUUGACUACCGAAGUGAGUCGUGCACGGGAAGGAACUCAGAAUCCCGAUUCGUUAGAAAAUCGCAAACGGAAAACACAUAUUAUCAACACCGAUGCCGAGCCACUUCAGCAGACGAAUGAAUUGCAAGCCAAGAAACGCAAGCUCAUUGUAGAAAGAAAAACGUCAAGCGAUGCGAAAGACGUAAAGUUCAAACAAUUUAUGUCGAAUUUACUUUCGAAGUCUACAUUAGAUGGUUAUCUCAUCGAUUCAUCAUGCCCGCGCUAAUUUGGCCCAUUUUACAAUGAUAGUUCAAGUGUGAAGGUUUUUGCAGAAUUAUUAUACUCUUUAUAAAAUGCAUUUUUUAAUUGUUGUGGCGAAAUAGAUAUAAUGAUUAUAACGUACACUCGGUACAUUUAAAUUUUAACUUGUUAAAAGUAAUACUUGUAAGCAAGUUUAAGCGUUAAUUUUGUUUAUAAAAUUGCUUCUUGUCCAGUUAUAGGAAACAAUAUAUGAACUAAUUUUUUGUUGG